AUGUUCUCUGGUCUUAGGAGCAAAAAAACAGAGGUUGACCCAGAGGGGGUCAUUGAGACGAUUUGUGACCGUCUUUCCAACGCAACCCUCCUCACUGAUCGCCGAGCCGCUGUUCUUUCGUUGAAGAAUUUCAGUAGAGAUUACAGGGAAUCAGUUAUUGGUAAUGGUUUGAAAGGUUUAGUUUCCACCCUACACAAGGAUAUACAGGAUAUUGACGUCGUAAAGGCAGUUUUAGAGACUUUGUUAAUACUAUUCAUCAGAGGUGAAUCUGAUGAAGACCAAACUAGAAGUUUGAUAUCGGAACAAUCACGAGCUCAAAAUGGUAAAUACCCCUCUCCCAGCCUUCUAGCAGGUGAAGUAAGAAUGGACCAGUUCUCCUUGCUAGUUGCUGACGAAUUAACCCAGGCCCCUGAGAAUUUCGACCUUUUAUUAAAGAUAUUAGAUAGUGAGAUUGGCCAUGAUUUUUAUAUCAAGAUCUACACCAUACAGAUACUAGAGGCUCUGGUGUCGUGUAGACCAUCAAGAUCAAAAGAAUGCAUUGUAUCAUCACCAUUGGGAACGCCUUUAUUGGUGUCUUUGCUAGACGACCCUAAUGAGCCAAUUCGAAACGAGAUCAUUUUGCUGCUUAUGGGCUUGGUCAAUCAGAAUAAUAAUAUUCAAAAGCUGGUGGUAUUUCAAAAUUGCUUUGAUAAACUUUUUGAAAUUAUUGAAUUGGAGGGAGGAAUCAGGGGCUCAAUUGUGGUUCAAGAUUGUCUGACUUUGAUUUGCAACCUUCUAGAAUAUAAUGCCUCCAACCAAAAAACUUUUCUUGAAACCAACUGCAUUCCAAAAUUACAAUCCGUUCUUUCUUUUCCGUUAGUAGAGGAGAUUGUCUGGAAUCCACAACGACUGAGUAAUCAUGUUACUACAUUGGAAAUAAUUCGAAUCUUCCUUCAGGGCGGCGGUGAUGAGCUCAGAGAAUUUCAAUCAAAGCUGGCUGCUGCUGAUAUUCUGCUAAUAGGGUUGAAACUUGUCUUUAUAAAAGACAUUCCUAAUAAAAUUAGAGGUGUUGCGCUUUUGACUAUUUCAGAUCUUAUCCGUGGAAACUCAGAAAUUCAGUAUCAAUUUUCUCAGAUAGACGUUCCAUAUAUCGAUCCCAGUUUCCCUUCACAACUUCAAAAAUUUGAUCAAGUAAUUCCUGUUACAAUCGCACUGCUAAACUGGUGUCUUCACAGCAACUCUGUGCACAUUUUUGACAUUCGUGUUGCAGCUUACCAGUGCUUAGAGGCCUACUUUCAGGACAACGAGGAGGCUAUAGUUGCCUUCACUGAGGAUCAAGUUGAAAGUUUCAAGCAUCAAAGGUUUUACUACUCAGAUACGGUACCAAUGUCAGAAGAUGACUCCCGAGACAACGACGCUACUCUUAUUGAAAAUGGAAAUGCAAACACCUUAAUACGGAGAAAAGAUUCUCCAAAGGCAACCCCUACACCUCAAGGAAACAUUUUCCAAACAUUGUUGACUUAUGAUGCUACUGUGAAUCUGAAUCCUUACAGAAUAUGGUUUGCAUCUUAUAUAUUGAUGGCGUUGAUAAAUGGUUCCGAACAAACGAUGUCCACCCUCCUUGAUCUUACUGUUGGAGAUGCUUCUGAGGGUGAUGAGGUUGUGUUUGCCAUCCAGACUAUGCUAGAGCUAUUAGUUACCAACUUACCGCAUGCAGAUUCCAGGAUCAUUGUUGCUUAUCUGAUGCUAUUGAUAUACAUCUUUUAUGAAAAUUUUGAAGCUGUGGACGGUUUCUUGGAAGAAACUUCAAACACAACAAGUUUAUUGGACUAUCUUUCACGCCCUUCCAACGAGGAUUUGUUGGUGCAAGGUCUUAUUCAUAUGCUACUUGGGGUCAUCUAUGAAUUCAGUAGAAAAGAGUCUCCAAUUUGCCGAAAAGAUUUACUGACAUUACUUUCCAAGCAUGUCAGUGUCAAUGCAUAUUGCUUGAAGAUAACAGAGCUGAAUCUUCAAAUUUUUUCCAAGUAUUCUCCGGAUAUUAUCUUCGAUCCACCGACUGGUGAUAAUGGACUACCAGAGGUUUAUCUGAAUCCAUUCUUUGUUGAUCUGGUUAAAGAAAACCUUCCAAGAAUAAGAAAUGCGCUUAGUCACGACCCUAACUCAAACCCUGUUCUCAGGUUGGAUUACGAAUCCUAUGAAACUUUGGAGAACGAUUUUCAGGAACUCUCUUCUGCAUUUGAAAUCUACAAGAAUGAGUAUGAAGAUAUUUCUGAAAAGUACAAGGUACUCACAGAGUCCAAUAGUUUGUUGGAAGAAGAGUAUGAGAGUUUAAAGUCUAAAUUCAGUAAUGUUGAUACUAAAUUUGCAGAGGUCUGGAACAGUAACGAAUCAUUGGAGAAAGAACAUUCUGAAUUGCUAGUCUCUUUCAACGAAUGCAAGAAGACGUUACAGGAGUUAGAACAGACAAGCAAACAGCUGGCUGAAGCAAAGACUAAAUUAGAAGAGGAAAAAAGUGAAGAUUACGAACAAAUUAAGAAAAUGGCCAAGAAUCUGUUCACCAUUGGAAAGGAGAAUGAAGAAUAUAAAAAGAUAAAAAAAGAGCAAGAGAAGCUAGAUAAGAAACACGAAGCAGAAUUAGAUACACUACACAAAGACAUAGAGGUUAGAGAUUCUGUUAUCAAGGAGUUUCAAACCCAAUUGUCAGGUUUGAGGAGCCAAGUGAAGGAGAAGGAUUCUGCUUAUGCUAACCUUAUGCAGAAACUGAGAGAGUCAGCUUCGCUAAUUAAACGUCUUCAGUCUGAAAACAGCAGUUUGAAAGAUGGAAUGGCCGCAUUGAGACAGGAAGUGUCUUCCAGUCGUAAUAAUUCCUCAGACUAUCGUAAAGAGUCAGACGAGACUAUUAGAAAGUUGCAAGAAAAAGUGCAAGACAUGGAGCAAGGAAUGCGAAACUCUGGCACUUUGAAUGUGCAAUCUCAGGAUAAGGAUGAGUCUUUGGAAACCAAUAUUGCAACUCAAUCGCCUAGUCCAAAAAUUGAAAGAUCUGAGUUGAACAAAGAAAUGGAAGACUCUCAAGGGUUGCAAGACCCAAGCCAAGAACAUAAGAAUGUUCUUGUGCUUUCAGCCUCUUCGACUGUGCCCCCUGACCAACAAAUUGAAGAAGAAAUUUCUAACGGAAAGGAACCAGAUUCUCAGGCAGUUGUACGAGAGUUGGAGGAAAAAUUGGCUCAGACCACUAAACAUCUUCUUGAGCUUAAACUUAAAGUUGAUGGGGCUGGUGCUGAUGAGGCACCAAUUAAGAUCGAGCAACUGACUACAGCUUUAGAAACUACCAAAGAUCAAUUAAUGACUGUCACCAUGGAGUAUAAUGAGAAACUUGAUGAAAUGAAGGGUGAAAAAAAUGCGCUACAAUCUUCAAUUUUUACUUUGAAUGGAAGAAGAGAGGAGAUGGAACAGGAGCUAAAGGAAUCAAAAGAACACACCAUCGAACUUGAGGAGUUAAUCAAUGCCCAAAAGGAAUCCAAUAAAGAGCUUGAGUCAAAGCUUCAGGAGUCAACUGAUUCCUUGAAACGACAAUCUGAGAUCCUUGUUGAGCUUGAUAAAGAGAAGCAAUUGUUAGAAGAAAGGAUUAACAAUCUUGAAAGCCAGUUGGCAGAAAUAUCUUCCGACCAUGAGACCCUAGUACCAGAAGACGAAGAACAUGGAAGAUUAUUGCACCUCAAAGACAAAGAAAUUGAGGAAUUGAAGACUAAAGUAGACGGACUUGAGGAUGAAAAGUCAAAGCUUUCCACCGAAUUAAACCUGAUACAAGAAGACAUCUAUGAAGUGAAAAGGUCGCUGCAGGAUCAAAUCAGAGAACUUGCAGAAGAAAAGUUCAACCUCCAGAACUCACUGAAUUCGAUUGAAUCCGAAAAAAAGAAACCUGAAACUGAUCUUUUAGAACAGAUUAAAUUACUCAAAGGUCAACUAGAUGAAAAAGAUAGAUUGAUCCAGACACUUGAACAGGGACAGGAUGAAGAAGAAUUGCAAAAGAAACCCGAAUCAGGAAAUGAAGAAAGCCUCAAGUUAAAGUCCAUUGUUCAUGAUUUAGAAACUGAGUUACAGGAGAACCAGUCUCAACUUGAUGACUUGAUGCUUGUCAUGCUUGAUCUAGAAGCAAAAAAGGCACACUACAAAAAACUAGCCAUGGAACAUGGUGAAACAAUAUCUGAAGACGAGAGUGAAGAAAAUGAGUCAUAA